AUGACUAAUAACACUAUAUCCUCGACGAAUGGAGAAAAUAAAGUUGAGAAUUUCAAUGUUCCUCAUGAAAACCAAAAUAAUACAUUAAAUCCUUCAAACUUGGGGUACAUCAACACAUCCUCCACCUUUGAUAGUGACGAAUUACAUGAUCCUAAAGAAUUUGAAGGUAUAGAUUUAGAAAGAGACGCUGCGUUUGCUCCUCGUCUCGAAGUUGAUUAUGCUCCAAAUGUUGAUUAUGUUCCAAUUGGAGGAGAUGAAUUAUCACUUCAUGAAUCCGAUGCAGUAUUAUCAAGAGAAUUAUCAAGACGAAUCACAAAUACAAAUCUGUUAUUACAUAAAAAGAAUUAUCAAGAUGAAGAUUUAACAAUGGGAUUUGAAAAAGAAUUUCCUCCAAUGUUACCAGAUAGAACACCAUAUUGUGUUUCAUAUAAUGGAGCAAAUGAUCCUUUACAUCCUCAUAACUAUUCAUUAAGUAAAAAAAUCAUAUUCAGUAUACCCAUUGCUAUAUCCUCUCUUUCUGUCUCACUAGGGUCAGCAUUAUUCUCACAAGGAGCUAAACAAGUGUCUGAAAUAUAUCAUGUUGGUUCAGUAGUGACUGCUUUAGGUACUUCUUUAUUUGUUUUUGGAUUUGCUGCUGGGCCAGUUGUUUAUGGACCAUUAUCUGAAUUAUUUGGUAGAAGAAUGGUUAUGAUUGUUUCAAAUUUUGGAUUUGUUUGUUUUUCAUUUGCUGUAGCUACUGCUAAAGAUAUUCAAACUAUAAUGAUAUGUAGAUUUUUCGCUGGAUGUAUUGGAUCUGCUCCAUUUGUUGUUGGACCUGCUAUUCUAGUUGAUUUAUAUCCAGCUAGAGUUAGAGGAAUGGUAAUUGGUGGUUUAGUAUCAAUUUUGUUUAGUGCUCCUGCAUUGGCACCAGUAAUUGGUGGAUUUAUUGCUAUAAAUGAACAUAUGGGAUAUAGAUGGUUAUCUUAUAUUUCUGCAUUGGUUGGUUGUUUGGCUUUAUUGAGUACCGUUAUUUUAUUAGAAGAAACUCAUCAUCCAGUAAUUUUGGUAAGAAAAGCAGAAAUAUUAAGAAGAAAAACAGGUAAUUGGGGAAUAUUUGCACCACAUGAAGAAAUUUCAUUAAGUUUAAAAGAAAUUUUUCAAAAUAAUAUUUUAAGACCUUUAAAAUUAUUAUUCACAGAACCAAUAAUUUUUAUUGUGAGUAUCUAUAAUGCAUUUGUUUAUGGUAUUUUAUAUGCUUUAUUAACUGCUAUUCCUUUAAUAUUUGAAGGUAGAUAUGGUUGGAAACAAGGUGUUGCUGAGCUACCAUAUUUGUCACUUUUAAUUGGAAUUCUUUCUGCUGGGGUAAUAAUAGUUUAUUUUGAGAUACAUAGUAAUAAAAAAGCUGAUGCUGCUGGUCUUGGUGGAAAAGUUAUACCAGAGAAUAGAUGUUUACCUAUGAUGAUAGGUGCUUUUACUUUUGUCAUUGGAGUGUUUUGGAUGGGAUGGACAGGAGAUUUUCCAGAUAAAAUUCAUUUUAUGGUACCAAUAAUUGGGCUUUCCUUCGUAGGGAAUGGCUUGAUCUUGAUUUUCCUUCCUAGUAUGAAUUAUAUCCUAGAUUGCUAUCUAUAUGUGGCGGCAAGUGCCCUAGCUGGUAAUACAUUCAUACGUUCAGCUGUGGGAGGAAUUUUUCCAAUUGUGAUUAAACAGAUGUAUACAAACUUGACUAUUAAAUGGGCUUCAACUUUGAUUGGAUGUUUCGGUUUAAUUAUGAUACCAUUUCCAUUCCUUUUUUAUAAAUAUGGUAAUAGAAUUAGAGCAAAAUCGAAAUUUGCUCUUAAAUAG